GCUUGCAGUGAGGGCGUGCAACCGCGAAUCAUGCCGAUGCUGCCUCACGGACUCCUGCGCCUCUCCGCUUGCGUUCCGCUUUGGAGGAAAGGCUCUCGGGCGCUCUUCUCCAAGGCGGCCGGGAACGGAGGACAGCAGGAGCCCAAGCCGCCCUUCGAUGCCAGCCUCCUCCAGAUCCUCGUCUGCCCCUUGUCCAAGAAGCCACUCAGAUAUGAGGAAUCCACCAAUGAAUUAAUCAAUGAAGAGCUGGGUAUUGCCUACCCCAUCACCGAUGGCAUCCCUAAUAUGAUCCCCCAAGCUGCCAGGAUGAUUGGCAAAGACAAGCAGGAAGGGGAACCUGAGCAGACCUAGAUGUUUUUCUCCUUAUAGAAGAUAUUCACAGGUGAAGAAAAAUGUUUCUGUCUCUGCCUACGAUGACUGUACUCAUCCCUGUGUUGUCUUUAGCUGGCCUGUUUUAUUCAGCCAGUGUUGAUGAAAACUUUCCUCAGGGCUGCACAAGUACAACCAGCCUGUGUUUCUACAGCCUGCUGCUUCCAGUUACCAUACCAGUUUAUGUGUUCUUCCACCUCUGGACCUGGAUGGGCCUUAAACUCUUUCGCCACAACUAGGUUAGGCUGAAAUGAGUGGACAUGGGCUAAAAGAUGUGCUUUGCUUUAUCUGUUUGCAGUAGGAUUUGAAGCCAUCCCUAACAAGCAGCAGACUUAACACAUGGAAAUAAGCAUCCACACAAGCAAAUAGAAAACUUGCUUUUACUCUUCCCAUUCCCAACCAAAUCCACAGGAAUAAUGAUGAGUUAUACAGAUAAGGUGGAUGAAAUGCACUACGUAAUUUCACUACCUGUCUACCUUGCCCAAAAGAAAGGGACUACAUUUCCAUCUUUGGACCUGUAUAGUCAACCCUGUGCAGAAAUAUACCAUGGUAGAACUUAACGUGUUACCAGAUACUUUCAAGCAAUUAUCACAGUUCCUUGGAAGAAUGGCAUUUCAUGCAGAAUAAUACCUGAUGUCACCCUAAAUGGAUUUUCUGUCAUGACCCUAUUGUGUUUUCAGGAUGCCUUUUUUAAUUGUUGGACAUGGUGAUAAUAGAUAGUAGUCAGGAUUUUUCUUUCAUUAAGAUGCACUGUUUUCUGCCCUUAGAUUUUACGCUUGAAUUAAUGAUAUUAACAGAUUGUGAUCAAAACAGAACAAAAAGGGAUUCAAAAGCAAUUAUUUCCCAUUAAUAAAGCAACUGAAAAACCA